GUGCAGGAUGUCCUAUAGACAUGCCAGAAGUGGUAAAACGAAAGAAAGCGGUGAUCAACGUACUAUCAAACGUACUAUCAACGUACUAUCAAAGGACAAUGCGUGUUUCGCGUGGUCGGUGGUCGCUGCUCUCUAUCCAGCUGAAAGAAACGCGGAGCGCAAAUCGUCGUAUCCAUAUUACAGCGACGUGCUAAACCUGCGAGACAUUAGCUUUCCAAUGACACUCAACCAAGUGAAAAAAAUUGAACAAUUGAACAGUAUUUCCAUCAACGUUUACAGCGUCGAGAAGAAGAAGGAAUGCACAGUCGUACCGCUACGAGUUGCCGAUGAGAAGAAGGAGAAGCACGUGAACCUUUUAUACCUACAAGAUCAGAGGGGUGCUGAAGUGGGUCACUUCGUCUGGAUAAAGAAUUUAUCCCGCCUCAUCAGUUCUCAGCUCAGUAAACACAAGGAGAAGAAAUACAUUUGCGAUCGGUGAGUAUCGACAAGAUU